AUGGCGAGUAUCAACAAAGCGAAUUAUUGUAGCAUGAAAUCUCAACAAUGCUCCGAUUAUGUACGAAAUCUACCGUUUGAAGUCCGAAAGCGGUACUUCGAGAAGCUGGGAUAUCGUGACGGUACGUGUAUCUUGCCGGAUCCUUACAAUUUGAAGAAUGGAUGGGUUGACGAUCCGUCUUUGUGGCCGGACAUCACUUUCACCGAUAUAUAUUUUUACCUCGUCGAUGCGCCCGGACAGUUCACUCACGCUAGUCUGAAGGCAUACAAGUCCCUCAAAGCCUACGAAUACGUCGAAAGUGGACAGAUGCAUCCCGUGUUUUAUUACAACGUAGAGCAGUCGCCGUAUUGUUUUUUGAAGACAAAGGUCAUCCCUUCUCAGCGACCUCGGGACAAACCUCAUCAACCAUGGACGUGCUUAAACAAAUCCGAGGGGACUGUAUACUGUACACACUGUACAUGUUUGGAAGGUCUAGGUGAGGUAUGCAGUCAUGUUGCAGCCCUCUUAUUCAAGGUUGAUGCAACUGUCCGCGCUGGUCUUACAUCAACAGCAUCCACAGGUGAAGCUUGCAAGUGGAAUGCAUCAUACAGAAAAGAGCUCAAUCCAAUCCCAAUUAGUGACAUUAAUAUCAUGGGAAGUCGAAAGACUGACAUUUCAACGACAUCAGCAAGGGGGAAAGCUCUGCUACCAGACAGGAGUACCCUCCAAUCACUACGAGAUGUUUGCCCUAAUGCAGUUUUCUUCAAAACCAUUCCUUCACUGGAUGAUGAAGAAACAGACACGGCAGAGGAAGAAGAAGAAACGAGGUCCUUACCGCCAACCAUCACAAGUCUUAUAUCUGAGGAUGAUAUCACAGAGGAUAACAUCACAUCUGUUUGUGAGCAACAGUGGAAUUCCUACAAAUGUACCGAGGACCAAAUUAUUAACCUUGAAAUUGUGACAAAAGAUCAAGCUGUAAGCCCCAUUUGGUACGAACACAGGAAAGGUCGAAUAACGGGAAGUAAGGCUCAUGACAUCUUAGUCAUGAAGGCAACAAGUGACCCAAAGAAUAAUAUCAUGAAGGUAAUGGGAUACAACAGUCGGGAUAUUUCAAAGAAGGCUGCUGUGGCAUGGGGCACAGAUAACAAGGCACGUGCCAGACAUCUUUAUUUAAAACAAGCGGCGAGGAGUCAUUUCAACUUUGAUUCCACGACAAUCGGAUUGUUAGUCUGUCAAAUCAGACCCUACAUGGCAGUUUCGUGUGAUGGAAUUGUUUCAUGUACAUGUUGUGGGAAAGGAUGUGUGGAGGUGAAAUGUCCCGACAAACACAGGAAUAGUAAUAUAGCUAAUGCUUCAAAAGACAAUUUAUUUUGUCUUGACAAGGACUUGCAUCUGAAAAAAGAACACAGGUACUAUACACAAGUGCAAUUUCAAAUGUAUGUCCAGAAAGUAUCUUACUGUGAUCUUGUGGUUUAUACAAACUUAGACAUGGCAAUUGUAAGAAUUCCACGAGAUGAUAAAUUUAUAUCAACUCUUUUGUCGAAAUGUGAUACAUUUUUCUGUGACCAUGUCCUUCCUGAAGUUGUAUCUAGAAAACUCGAGAACAGCAGACCAGAACUUAGAGACUUUAUUCCUGAUAAGGAGCUAGUGGAAAAUGUGUGGUGCUACUGUCAGGAGGAGGCGCAUGGACGUAUGAUCAUGUGUGAUGGUGCUGAUUGUCCAUACACCUGGUUUCACUACGGGUGUGUAGACAUAAGAAGGAAGCCAAAAGGAUCCUGGUUUUGUCCAAGUUGUGUGAUGGGAUAACCAGUGUUGUGUUCUUGCCAUUUCACAAGGAAAAUUGUCUGUUUUCAUUUGCAGUUAUGGACAACAAAAACUUACUCAUUUUAUCAUUAAUGUAUAUCACUGAAUCUGUUACGAACAGACAUAUCAAAUGGAUGUUUACCAUUAAAAUAUUGGGAUAGCAAUGAUGUAUAAUUCCUUUAUAUAUCAUUUCUCACAAGUUUUUCAAUCAAAAAAACACAAUCUGCCAAAAGAAGAUCCCCAUGUACUAACGGUGUCAGAAAUCCAGACUGCUGAGUGAUGACCUUGUCUGAGCUAAUUUCUAAUCCUAUCCAACCUGCUCACUCCGAGCGAGAACCUCAACAUCUUCAUUUCUGCUCCCUCAAGUUCUGCUUCCUGUUGUUUCUUCAGUGCCACCGCCUCUAAUCCGUACAUCAUGCCCGGCCUCACCACUGUUUUAUAAACUUUGCCCUUCAUCUUAGCAGAGCAUCUUCUGUCACAUAGAACACCAGACAACUUCCACCAACUCUUCCACCCCACUUGGACCCGUUUCCUCACUUCCUUACCACUCUCACCAUUGCUCUGUAUUGUUGACCCCAAGUAUUUGAAGUGGUCCACCCUCGCUAUCUCUUCUCCCUGGAGCUUCACUCUUCCUCCUCCGCCCCUCACAUUCACGCACAUAUAUUCUGUUUUACUUUGGCUAAUCUUCAUUCCUCUCCUUUCCAGUGCGUACCUCCAUCUUUUUAACUGCUCCACCGCUUGUUCCCUGCUUUCACUACAGAUCACAAUAUCAUCUGUGAACAUCAUGGUCCAAGGGGAAUCCAGUUUAAUCAGCCUAUCCAGUACUACCGCAAACAGGAAGGGGCUCAGCGCGGAACCCUGAUGCAGUCCCACCUCCACCUUAAUUGUCCUGUACUAUUCUCACAAAUUUCUCCGCCACACCAGACUUGCACAUCCAGUACCACAGUUCCUCUCUUGGUACUCUGUCAUAGGCUUUCUCUCGGUCUACAAAAAUACAAUGUAGCUCCUUCUGACCUUCUCAGCAGGUUGGUCUUCUUCUUCGCCUUCAUUGUCCCCAUGUUCCCCUUCUUCUUGAUCAAUGUUACUGGUACUGCUAGAUAGUUCCAGGAGAAUUGAUGCAGCGUUGCUUGUUUCUUGCUGUCCUACGCUUUUCAUCUUCCCAACGUUGUACUCGCUGAUACCUUUCCUUUGACUCAUCAGGAAUUAACAUGGCUGAAGGUUUUAUAUCCCAUAUUAACAUGUGUGACAUAAUCAGGAUCAUUUGGAUCAUUGCUAGCAAAUCCUGCGAAUGUAAGAAAUUAUAAAAUUUAGCAACAUAAUUUCUGCAUACCUACAAAACAAUCCAGUCAUGGAAAUCAAUUACUACAUAGACUUGGCCUCUUAUACAUUUAGGAGACACUGACAAAAGAAUCAUGUAAUAAAAUAAAACUAUAUUAACUCUUAUGAUCGUGCCAGGAUAUUAUACUUGUACUUGGUGAAUGAACAGUGAAAAGGUCUCGUUGAAUAUGCAUGCAAUGCAUCAAGUUGAUCCCAAAAAAAAACAUUCAAAUCUUUCUAGACACAAUUAUAUAUUUAAGGAAAAAAACCUGAAGAAAAAUGAUCUCCACAAACCCGAUCUCCGCUAUGUUCCGGUGCCCAAUUCUUUCAGUUGAUAGCCUGAAGCCAUGGCUGUUUUUGUCCUUCCACGAUCAGUAUUUGGUGAAAUUUUAAGCCUGAUCCUUUCACAAAACUGUUUCUACAGCCAACUACUACACACGAUAUAACCAUUGUACUAAAAUGCAAAGACUUUCAUUCAUCAAAACCGAAAAAUUAAAUGUAUAACCUUACAAACCAAUGAUCGCACUCGCUUACACCUGCUGUGUUUACUUGGCUUUCUGCCUACCGGAAGUUCUCGUCCGAUCACGUGAUCAUAACAAACGACGUCACACUGGCAUAUCCUAUUACCUAGGGCCCGAUUUCCGUGACAUGUUAACUUUUCCCAAAAUAUGCUGCGAAGCACUAUCAUCAUAACACAGCAAAAGAAAAGCAUUUUUUUUGUCAUAACAACAUUACAUUUUAAGUCAAUCAGUUAGAUGUUUUUUUUGGAAAUAAGGAAUCACAAUGGGGAAAAAACAUGCAAAAGGCAUUGUUCAUUUGUUGUCUCUGCAAUGUCCCAUUUCAGACAAAACUUAAAGCUUGUUUCCUCGCAUAUGAAAAUCAAAUUCAAGUUGCAGAGUUGUGAAUUCUGAAAUUCAUCAAAAAUUUCACAGAAAAUUUUUUCUUGCUUAUCCACUGAUAAAGUUUGAGGCCCCGUAGCUCAGUGGUUAGAGCAGUGGUUUGGUAAACCAGGGGUUGUGGGUUCGUAUCCCACUGGGGCCUCCACUCCCUGAGAAGGGUUGCGUCAGGAAGGGCAUCCGGCGUAAAAAUUGUGCCAAACAUAUAUGUGCGUUCAUCUGAGAUGACACGCUGUGGCGACCCCGAAAGGGACAAGCCGAAAGAAACUUACUUACUAUCCACUGAUAAAGUUUGGG